GGUGACGGAGGCAAGCGAGCCUCCUGCCGCCCGGAGUUGGAUGGUGCCAUCGUCCCCUCUAGCGAUUGCUCCUGCCUGUUGCCAAGGCCGGACGGUGCAGGCGGGAUGGCGGAGCGCGGCGGCCCCUCGCCCACGGGGGGCUCCGGCCGGACCUGGUGCCUCAGGCGAGUGGGGAUGAGCGGCCAGUGGCUCCUGCUGGAGAGCGGCAGCGAGGUAACUAUAGGCCGAGGAUUUGGUCUCACCUACCAGCUGAUCUCAAAAACCUGCCCACUGAUGAUCUCUCGUUACCACUGUGUUUUCAAGCAGAAUGCACAAGGCCAGUGGACAGUUACAGACAACAAGAGUCUAAAUGGUGUUUGGUUGAAUAAGGAACGUCUUGAUCCAUUAAAGGCCUACCCAAUAGGUGAAAGAGACCAUAUUCAACUAGGAGUGCCUUUGGAUAACAAAGAGACUGCUGAAUAUGAAUAUGAAGUGAUUAAGGAAGAAUGGGAGAAAGUUAGUCCAUUUUUAGCCCCAAGGAAUGACCAACUGAUGGGGAAACCUAAGGGUGCAAGAACUAAACGUAAACUUAGUUUGGAGGAAUCAGAGGCAUCUGGAGCAGAAGGCCCUUCGAAUUCCAGAUCUAAAAGGGACAGAGUGUCCUGCGAUAGUGAACCUUUGGGUAGAUCAUGUGGGAGGGCAGAACUGGCCAAACAGCCAACAGAAAACAUGGAUGUCAAGCUGCCUUCUCCUGGACCAAGCGUGGAGGAGGAUAAAGCUACAGUGUAUAGUAAUCCUAUGAAUUCUGAGAAAGCUACAUCUCUUAGCCAUAAGGACCAGAAAGCCUCUAAUCUGGCACAGUCUUGGACUGGUUUGGAAAUGCUGAGGCAAACCCUGGGAAAUAUAAUGAAGCUGAAAGUCAAGGUGGAGGAGAAGCAGACAGCUGUUUUGAGAGUGAAGAAGAGCAGAAAAUCUGGCCAAAAAGAGCUCAGAGUGAUGGAGCAGGAGCUGCAGGAAUUGCAGGACCAGUUGUGCACUGAACAGGAACAUCAGCAGCAGAGGGUGGAACAGCUGGAGAGGACAUUCUAUGAGGAGCAGCAGCAGCUUCUGGAGGGAAUGAAGAAGCAGCAAGGGGAAGAGAAUUUGAAGGAGCAACUGGCCCAGGUUCUGCAGGAGGAGGAGAAGGAGAAGGCAAGAGCGCAAAAGGAGGAGGUUUUGAGUCAGAUGAAUGAUGUACUGGAGAAUGAGCUGCAGUGCACAAUCUGCUCUGAACACUUUAUUGAGGCUGUCACUCUGAACUGUGCACACAGCUUCUGCUCCUACUGCAUCAAUGAAUGGAUGAAACGUAAAGUGGAGUGUCCCAUCUGCAGGCGAGAGAUACAAUCCAAGACGCGCUCCCUGGUACUGGACAACUGCAUUGACAGGAUGGUAGAAAACUUGAACUUGGAGAUGAAGGAGCACCGCCUGGCUCUCAUCCGAGAGCGCAAAGAGAAACAGGAUGUCUUAGUGAACCCAGCCACGGACAGUGAGAGCAGUAUCAUUUCUUCGAUCUAUUCCAUCUUGUCGAUGAGCAGUUAUGACAGUGAUGAAUUUGAGGAGGACUCUGACUACGAUAAUAUCUAUGAUAUCUAUGGUAUCUGAACACCCACAUCACAGAUUGGAUUGCCUGUGAGCCAUGCAGAAUCAAUCUAAGUGUGCUUGGAUCUACUGCCGUCAGAGGUGAAUGGAUUGUAUGUUUGGAAAAAUAGGUGUUGAACAGCCUGGAAUUCGAGCUGCAGAUGAAGAGUGCUUGUCAGAGCAUUGUUUUUGUUUUUAAAUGAAUGUAUAAUUUCUUGCCCUCUAAAGCAUCCAGACUGGAAUUGUGGGGGUAACUCAUGCUUGUCAUGCUAAAUACAUUUAUAUACGAACUUUGAUUUCCACGAUCGCUUGUGAUCCGAUCAGUAGAAUAAUGUCCUGGUUUCCCUGCCUGCUCCGCUGCUUGUCUGCUGGGUUGAAUUACACCUAUUCAAAUGUUUGUCUGUUUCCUUUAUUUCAGCUAGUGGAGAGAAUGGAUAGAUAUUUGAGCAGGCCUGCCAUUCCACCCAGCAGAUAGCAGAGGUACACCUAACACACCAGUACAGUGCCAGUUUAAGAUGGGUUUUCCUUGUGCGAUUUUACAUGACAGCUUGAUUCAUGCUUGUCUUUGUGUCAUUAAUACUUGGCUGACUGUACCUGUACCACCCUUUGAUCCCAGUGUGCUCAGUUCAUUGUAGAUUGGGGUGCUGGGUCUCUGGCUGUUCUACUGAUGUCACUUAUUUUUUGUUAGGUAGAGAUGGAGAAGAUUGAAUUACCCAAGUGUCAGCCCAAACCAGUGCUGUACUCGUUGCUCACAAAGCAUCUUAAUUGUUCUCUUUCCAGGCCUUUUCCUGCUUAAAGAAGGUGGAAAUGAGCACAUCUAGGAACAGUAAUUUAAAAACCCUAGUUAGUCCCUGUCAAAAGCGGAGAUAAUGUUUAUCUCUUCAGAAGUGCUACUGCUAUUUGAGUUAAUGGAAUGUCCUAUUUGCCUGGUGGGGAGGUAGCAGGUAGCAUCUGUGGCAAAACACAAGGCAAGAAGGGGGAAAGUACUGUAUCUACAUAUUUUUAUUGUUUACAAAAUGUUGCUGUUCAGCUGGGACAUAACACUAGCCUUGCUGCAAAGAAAAUCUUCACUGAGGAGCUGGUGAAAAAAUCUUGCCUCGUUUUUGCAAGCGCCUGACUGUGAAGCUCUGUUUCCUUUGGCCUAUAUACUUGAGUUAGUUUUGUUAGCUGAAAGGUACCAUUUGAUUGUGUGGGAGAGAAAAACACAAUCAUCUGUAGUAGUAUUUCUCUAUCCAUGUGUAUGUAUAUACUCAUUUCUCUGUUUCUCCUGCUUCUAAGGAGAGAGAUGUGAACCACUUCCGCUGUUCUGCCUGCCACACCCAGAGAGACAAAAGUAAUUAGCAGAAUGAAGUUUGACUUUAAUGAUAAAAAUGGGUCCUGAUCUCAUUUUUAUAGAUCUGGUUGCUUAACGUUAAAAACAUUUUCCCCUGUGAUAGACAUAGGAGCCUCAGCAUUUUACUAUUUUUAUGAAGUUAUUCCAAAAGACUUGUGCAUUCAGGGAUUUGUAUGACAAAUCACACAGACCAUUCUGCCCUGCAUUUGUUGGGGCAGAUAAGCCAACAAUUUAAUAUAGGUGGAACACACAGCACCCUGACCCUGGGGAUGUAGUAUUUCUUAUUUUAAACUAUCCCAUGCUAAAGAAAGGACUCAUUGCAGGAGUGUGUGAAGAGUGAUGCCAUUCCACGAGGCAAAUGUGUCCUGACAUGAUUUGUGUGAUCAGGACUAUAACAGGGACAAAAUGUCUGGUCUAGAAACCAUGUCCAGGUACCUGUCACCCUCCUUAAACUUCAGUGUAAAGUUUCUCUCCUGUUGUGGAGGAGCCAACACUACCUUGAGGUUUCCUGCUCUCCUGUGCUCUUGACAUUCAAUUCCUACAUGUAUGUUCUCUUUAGAAGUGCUAGUCAGUUGGGGUGGGGGGAGUCAAUAGAGGAUUGAGAAUGGUUGACACUAACCCAGGUCUCUCUGUGGAAGAGAUCUGUUUCCAUCUAGCAUGGGAUAAGCUCUCUGGAGCUCAAGGAUUACAGAUUUCUUCUAUCAGAUGUAUUUUGCCAUGUUGCUGUAUUAUUUUUUCUGCCUGUUUUAUUUUUACUAAAUAUAUUUAUUUUGCUUC